AUGGUGGUCACGAGAGUCAGAUUGCACCAGCGGCCUCCCACUAUCGGAGCUCAGAACUGCAGCGGCCGAUUUGCCGAGCUCGAGCUGCCACAUGUCCUGGGCGUCGAGGGUGUUGGUGUGGUCUUGAAGUCCCGGUGCGAGAGUUUUCAAGAGGGCGCCAGGAUCGCCUUCCUUCUGAAGAAGUUCUUCAAUGACGAGAGCCAUGGCUGCUGGCAGCGCCGGCUCAUUUUAGAUGAACACCGGGCGAUGAUCUUGGCGGUACCUGCCGUCGUUGGCCUAAACCAGAUUGCAGCAUGCACAACAUCCACAGUUGCGGCCCUCGCCUUUCUGAAGUUUUUCCCUCCGGCCUCCCAGAUAAUCGUGACGGCAGCCUGCGGUGCUGUGGGCCUGGCCACGAUGCAGCUGGGAGCUCUCCGUGGGCAUCGGAUGAUUGGGCUGGUUCGUGGUCCUGAACGAGCUGCCUGGAUUGCAAAGGAGCUGGUGGGGUGUGGUUCCAUUGCAGUGGUCGACACCGACGCGCCGGGAUGGAUCAGGCUCGCCUUCCCUAUGUCUGGCAAGGGCGAGCUUAUCGCGCCUCCGGAUUCCACAGAUGUCGGCGGCGGUGCUGACGGAAUCAUUGAUGGAGUUGGUGGUGAGGUGCUAGCCCUAGCACUGGAGGAGCUUCUACGGGUGCGUGCCAUCGUCGUACGGUACAGCGCCGUGCUUGGAGAGGACGCGGCGCGUGUGGAUGCUGCGCAGCACAGGUUGCACCUGCAGGUGAGGUAUGGAAACAUCGAAGAAUUCAUGGCCUCCCUUGAUGCGGUCCGGCAAGUCGAGGCGGCCUUCGCCCUGAUCGGGGACGCGAGGUAUCAACCAAAGGCCUGGCAUGUGGCCAGUUGGAAGGAGGUUGCAGAGUGCAUGAAGGACCAGCCAAUUUGGACACGCCAUGCGACACAGGUGAAACCUGGGCGCAUCGGUCGGAUCAUCCUGAAGUUCGACUGA